AUGGGUUUAUUGAAGUUCGUUAGACUUUAUUCCGAUAAAGCUGCCAGAUUUGUCCCCACCUCAGGAGUUUAUCCCAAAGGAUAUUCCGUAGGUGGUAUUCAUUGUGGUAUAAAAAAGAAUGGAAAUUUGGAUUUAGCAUUAUUGAAAAAUGAAUAUGGGAAAGGAGCUGUAGCAUCAGCAGUUUUCACCACCAAUAAAUUUAAAGCUGCUCCUGUUCAAUUAUCAUCUAAAAUAGUAAAAGAGAAAGAAGGUAAAAAUAUCAAUUCUAUCAUUAUCAACAGUGGGAAUGCCAAUGCUGUUACUGGUACUAAAGGUUUAAACGAUGCCCAAAGUAUGGUAUCUGCUACUGAUAAAUGUUUAGGUAAUGAAGAAAACUCUACUUUAGUCAUGUCAACCGGUGUAAUUGGUAAUUUGUUGCCAAUAGAGAAGAUUUUAACUGGUAUUGAAGAAAUUACAAAAGAUGAAAAUUUAGGUAAUAGUCAUGAAGAUUGGUUAAAAUGUGCUAAUGCUAUCUGUACAACUGAUACUUUCCCUAAAUUGGUUACUAAGAAUUUCGAAAUUGAUGGAAUAACUUACACUUUAGCAGGUUUAGCUAAAGGUGCAGGUAUGAUUAGUCCAAAUAUGGCAACCUUAUUAGGUUUCUUCGUUACCGAUGCUCCUGUUUCCAAUACUGCUUUAAAACUGAUUUUACAAUACGCUGUUGACAGAUCCUUCAACUGUAUUACUGUAGACGGUGAUAUGUCCACUAAUGAUACUAUUGUAGCUAUUGCAAAUGGUGCUGCCGGUGGAGAAUUAAUCGAUCAAACUUCAAGUUCUUCAACUAGUUACAGUAUAUUAAGAGCUGAAAUUACUGAUUUCGCCCAACAAUUAUCUCAAUUAGUUGUUCGUGAUGGUGAAGGGGCUACUAAAUUCAUUCAUUUGAAAGUUAAGGAUGCUUUAUCUUUCAAAGAUGCUAAAUCAAUUGCUUCAUCAAUUGCCAAUUCUGCAUUAUUUAAAACCGCCAUGUAUGGUAGUGAUGCUAAUUGGGGAAGAAUCUUAUGUGCUGUUGGAUAUGCUGAUGUUGCUACUGCCGAUUCAGUAUUACCUGAAAAAACCUCUGUUUCUUUCAUUCCUUCUGAUGGUAGUGAACCUUUACCUUUGUUAGUCAAUGGAGAACCAGAAACUGUUGAUGAAGAAAGAGCUUCUCAAAUUUUGAGUGUAGAAGAUCUCUGUAUUGAAAUUGAUUUAGGAACUGGUGGUAAUCAAGAAGCUUCUUUCUGGACUUGUGAUUUAUCUCAUGAUUAUGUCACAAUCAAUGGUGAUUAUAGAUCUUAA